AUAAGCAAAUGCUAUUGUGCCGUAGGCGAGGAAAAGAUUGGUGAACGAAAAUUCGGGAUAGGUGACAGCCUUUUGACAAACUGGAGCAUCGUGGAUGGCUCCUGCGACAAUAAGUAUUGCUGCUACGGUACUGGAUACAGCAGAACCGACAGCAGCUUGCCAGAAAUCCAUUGGGCUUUUCAGCAUCACGAAUGGCCACAGUACAACUGCUAUCAGAACAAUUACGUAGCAGAAAUUGAUUGGAAAUCCUACAGCGGCCAACAGAUUUGACAGAUUGUUGGCAGCAAGAAGUGUGAGCACGGUGGCGAUACCAAAUUGGGUCAGGCACAAGCAAAACGACACUAACCUCUUUGCUCUCGUGCCCAUAGCUCUGUAGGCCAUUUCAGGAUACGGUCGUCGGCAGUGACUCUUGUAUUCUGGCCAGCGCUUCUGCAUGAGUGUCCAAUUGUCUCCUAG